GGGGAGAGAGGUGCAGGGGAGAGAGGCGCUGAUGAGCAUGCGGAGAGUUCCAGGGAUGCGGGGGGCUCUCCUGGCAUGACGCAUCAUGCUGGUAGGGAGCGGGGAACUACGAUAGCAGGCGCAGAGGGGCUGGGUUCAAGGGAAGCGGGCCCCGCUCACCCCUCGUCUUUCCAAGGACCCACGUUUCCCCCCCGCCCCGUUGGCCUUGGGAUUGCCCCCCUCAUCCCCAAUCUCAGCGGUAUCGACCCCCGCUCCCUCGCGGCUUCCACCUGGUCUCGCACUGAAGCCUCGAAAUGGGCUGCCCCUAAUGUCGCGGGACUGCUCAAUGCUUCUGCCCCUGCUGUGUCCCUUGGGGGAUCCCCCCUGUUACCUGGCCCUCGCAGGCCCCCAGAGGCCCCCGCCGCAGUUCUCCCCGUGCCUGAGGACUUGGCUGCGCGUGCGAGCGGGGCGUGGCAUGCGUCCCUGGGGCACCAUGGCGUGCCACCUGGCACGCAGGGAUUGGGUGCCGUGCCCAACUUGGCACUGGGGUCUAAGCCGUUUCCGGGUGACAAGGCGCGGCCUGAGUUGCAGUGGGCCUCGCCAGGCACUCCGUCGCUUGGAGGGGGGUCGGAGUGGGUGCGGGCCCCUCAGCAUGAACGUGCCCAGGUUAGGGACGCCAAGGUUAGCGAGAAACCCAGCUGGUUAAGUCUAGAGCUCACCGCCACCCCCCACGAGCGGCAGGACACUGAGACCAAGUCGGGAGCUGCGAAAUUAGAUGCGGUCCCUGGGUCACACCCUCUCGCUCCAAGCCCGUCCCCCCUCCUACAGGCCUUGCAGAAAAUAUCCCCAGAUGGCGCGAGGGGAGGCCGCCACCUGGCGAGCACGGGCCAGGCCGCUCAGCUUGUAGAGGAACAGUCGGCGUGGUACGAACAGUUCAAGGCCAACAUCUCGAGCAUUGCAGCGUCUGCAGAAACAGUGCCUGUCAGCACCUGGGCGCACGUGCAAGGCGCUGCAAUGAAGCCCCCCUCCCCCGUCUUCCCGAGCCCAGUGCGCCCGCCGGCGACUUCGGCUUUCCACAGCGUGGCUCUAGACACGCGGCCGAGACAGCCGCAAGAGGAGCCUCGGGGGGCCCGAAAGGAAGCCGACUUGCUGUCGCGGAUGGAAGGCAGAGAGGCGGGGCCGGUAGAGAGGGGCGGCAUCGAGCCUGCUGUUGCGCAGGCCGCGGGGCUCAUCUUCGGGGGCAGCUACAACGCCGUGGUUGAGGCUGCUCGCUCGAAGGCGUUGAGGGAGAUCAAGGGGAUCGCGCUGCCGCCCCUCCUGACCAGCACGGAAGCUUCAAGGCAUUCCGCCGUGCCAACCCUCACGCAGUUUUCUGUUGCGCCCCCUACGGGCGCUCCAAUGGGUAUUCCCCCCCGCGCUCUUUUUGCCUUCUUGUCCGCCUCACAGCCCACCGGUCCUGCACGGCGCUUGCAAGACGUUCGGAUGGACCCCCUUAAGCCCCUCGAGCUUUCCAGCUCCGCCUUGGGGGGGUCCCGCGACACCCGCGCCGACACCCCCCCCCUGGGAGAAGCCGCGUUGCCGUACAGCGUGUUUGGGGGAUCAUCCCCCGCGUCUGUCUCUCUGCGCAACUGGGCCGCUCAGUCGGGCACUUCGUCCGUCGCGUCGCUGGACGUGAGCUCUGCGGUGGGGGUCAAACCGCUGCGGAAACGGUCGCACGAGGGUCUGGAUGCGGGGGAGGAACGGAGGCUGGCCCGUCAGAGGUCAUUCGACACGGGCAACAAGAAGCAGAAGGGGAAGAGUGGGCGCUCGCAGGAGCCGCCCCUGAAUCUGACGCUGGAGCUGGGCUCGGGAGAAGCGCCGAACGAGGAUUGGCGCGCCGCGCAACCGCAUCCAACAGCUCGGCGACCGAGUCCGCCGCAGUUACUGGCGCCAGGUGACGCCAUGGCAUCGGUCGCCGCCAGCACGGCAUAUGCCGCUUACCUGGACAGCAUGAAGGCGGGUAUGUCCCUGUCUGCGAUCGGAGGCCCUGCGCGCGCCUCGACGCCCACCGCCAGCUCGUCAGGCUCGGGACCUGGAGUGAGCGCCGGCCAAAACAGGGCCCUGGGGGGCUCCCUGCUCUGGCGGAGCAGCAGCAGCGAGACGUGGAACUCUGACGCUGAAAGGGGGCCACAAGGGGAGGUCCCACACGAGGGAAGCACCCCGGGCAAAAAGUGGGGGUCAGCCGAAUCGCUCCCUAUUCACCGGAUAAGCAGCGGGUGCGGAGGGCGGGUUUGGGAACAGGCGCCGGUUCCAACGGUGGGGUUUGGGGUUCCCGGGGUUUCUGCUUUUAAGGAGGUCCGGGCGAAGGAGGGGGCCAUACGGGAAGCUGCCGGGGGGGGCCGCGCGGCGCUCCUGGAUGCGGGGAGUCGGGGCGUCUCACCAAUUGCUAGCAGUCAGCAGUCGCUCACUCAGUCUAGCGGGACGGAGGGGGGGGCCGGGCGGUCGAUGGCCAGCAUUCUAGGCGGGUACAGAGCAAAGCUGCCCGGUUGGCCGGACAAGCCCAUGCCGGCGGACGAAUAUUUAGAAGCCCUCCAAAGCAGCCAGUUCCGGCUGAACGUCGACGUACGGGAGCAAAACCCCCGCGAGGGCAAACCCCAGUGACGUGAGUUGUUGUCCUAUUCCGCGAUGUUUGGGCAGCCAAAGAGGGCCGUGCUGGCCUAUGUGUAUAGACUAUGCUAGCUUUCGCUUCUUGUGUUGCUUCUGGUAUACCUUGUGCUAACAAGUCUGAGUCGGUAGCUUAGCUCCCUAUGUGGGGCGUUGACUUCCUUUCCUGAACGAUAGCAGCACCUUAACUUAGCCUGUUACUUCUGGAUUACGUCCUGUAUUAGUCACUGAAGGGAGCGCGUUAGAGUAGAAGGGGCCACCUCAAAACAAUGCCACCUUAGCGCGUUGGUAAACGACAUUCUUUGACCUUAUAUACCCUGGAUUCAAAACCUCUGUAUGCCUGUCAAGCAC